AUGCACCGUUCCCGCCAUCAACCCCUUUCUUCUCCAACCUUUGCAUUCGUAGCUAGGUUUGCCCCUUUCUUCCUAGUGUACCAAGAGGCAGCCAGCCGUGGCUUUGUCUUUGCCUGUGCAAUCCCCCGCAUCUGCUCUGCACACGUUACUAGCUUAGAGGGGAGGGCGUCCCCGCUGCUUACCAUGUGCGGGAAGGGCGGAAGGGGUGCCUCGGACGUUCAGACUCAAGCUUUCAAGCGACACGCAGCUACCACGAAGCACAAGGAGGCGGUCAAGCACCAGGAGAAGCUUCUUGCUGAAGCUGGCCGGCAGCCACGGAUCAACGCUGACAACCUCGCUCGCGACACCGAGAAGGAGCGCGUCAUCGAGCUGUGCGACUCCCUGCUCUUCGUUACCAAGCAAGAUGCACCCAUUGAGUUAUGGGUGCAACUUGUUCGGGAGGCCCUCGCGGCAAAAGAUGCAGCGGAGGCAAUCCCCGAGUUUGACAUGGUGGACGGGCUGAUCCGUCAAGUGGCCGAGUAUCUCGGCCGUUCCAGCCCCUGGCACCAACGAUUUCUGGAGCUCCAGGAACUCUUCACUGCUACGAACCUGGAGCUUCAAGGCAUCCAUCAAGUCCGCUGGCUGAGCAGGGGUGAUGCCGUUUUGCGAACGGUGACGGUCUUCCCAGCGCUACUCGUCAUGCUGUAUGAGUGGGACGAAACUCUGUACGAGCUCGCCACCAGCUACAGGUUCCAUUUCUUGCUGUUCUUCCUUGCAGACGUGCUCGAGCAGCUGAACAUCUUGAACAAAUCGUUCCAGCAGCGAGAGCUCGACAUCGCAGGUGUCCAUGCGCAGAUCAGGAGAACCUUGUCUCACCUGGAGAGCCGCUACGUCGACUGCGGUGACGAUUUUGGAGGCGGGUUGAGCGCGCGCCUGUCCCCGUUCAUCAUGAAGUACGGGCCUGACAGUGACAAGCCCGAGGUGACGGUGCAGGGUGUGGACUCUGACGGUCGCCCGACAACACACAAGUUCCAACAGCAUGAGAAGCCAAACGAGGACUACCCAACUCUUGGAACACACGACAACUGCGUCGACCUCUGCACCACUUUUGCCGAGACGCUCGUCAGAAACCUCAGCACGAGGUUUGCAGACUUGGACUCCCUCGUGGGAGUGAGGCUCUUCAUGCCAGACGAGUACAGCACGGCGGGGAGAUCGGAGCGCCACAAACAGUGUCUCGAGUGGCUCAUGUCACUCGUCUCGCUGUUCAGGGCACAGGAGACUGAUCACAUCCUUCCAGGUACGCUCUUACUCUAA